CAAAGAAGGGUCCACAGCCAAACGCCUAUCCAGCCCUUCGAGCGUUGGGACUACGACCAAAACAGACUCGUUCGCACCUGUGUGCGUUUGCCACCCGGAGAAAAAUAAAAACAAGACAUCCGGGGGAUAAACGGAUAUAGCUCGCAUUUGACCCACUGUUCCAGCAGCUGAUUUUUUUUUUUUUUUUUUUUGGACACUUAAAUCGCUCACAGUGGAUCUAUGAAGCAGCGGGCAGACUUCUCACUCUCAACACCAGACAGGGAGUGAUUCACCCCCCUCCAUGCCUGCAGCCCCCAUGCCGGGCAUAAGCUCCACCGCGCCUCGUUAUGAAAACUGGGACAUGGACCACCUCGACCACUACCAACAUUAUUUCUACGACGACCACGACCCGGACGAGGAUUUCUUCAAAUCCACUGCGCCCAGCGAGGACAUAUGGAAGAAAUUCGAGCUAGUACCGACCCCGCCCAUGUCCCCUAUCCGGGCAGUGGAAGGGUCGGGCAGGGUCGAACUGUUAUGCCCGUCCCUCGGGGACAAGCUGGAGUGGGUCUCUCAGUUCUUGGGGCAGGAGGAUGAACAACAACAGCAGGAGCUGCCCUGCAAGCUGGCCUCGAGCAGUGACUCCUUCGGGAACCUGAGCUCCAUCAUCAUCCAGGACUGCAUGUGGAGCGGAUUCUCUGCCGGACAGCAGCUGGAGAGAGUUGUUGGGGAGCGCUGCGCUCCCUGUCCCGGGACGGCGGCGGCCGCCAAAGUCGCUGCGGGGUCCACCUUAACGUCCCCGGGGAGGAUGCAGGGUGCCCCCGCCGACACGCCAGCCCUAAGCGGCUUGGCGGCGGACUGUGUGGACCCGGGUGCGGUGCUCACUUUCCCGCUUAACGCCGGAUGCAAGAAACAAGUGUCCUCUGGUUCAGAGUCACACACCGACUCUUCAGAUGAUGGAGAUGACAAAGAUGAGGAUGAAGAGGAGAUCGACGUGGUGACGGUAGAACACAAGCAGCAGCGUAAACCUCGGCGGCUGGUGAACACCCGUAAACCAGUGACCAUCACGGUGCGAGCUGACCCUCUUGAUCCUGGAAUGAAGCGUUUCCACAUUUCCAUCCACCAACAGCAGCACAACUAUGCUGCCCCAUCUCCAGACACUCUGCCCUCGCCACCCGAGCCGCCCCGCAAGAGAGUUCGGCAAGAGGCCCUGACACAGGUGACCCAGCCUCACCAAAACUCUCAUUACCACCAGCCCCGCCCCGGCCACGCCCCUCUGAACUUAGACAGCAGGAAGUCUACCCUGACAGUGGCAGGGGCCAGGUCGGAGUCACCUAAUUUCAGCGCCUCCUCUCCUACCUCCUCCAUGUCGCCUUCAUCGCCUCCAUCUUCUUCCUCUUCCCAUUCCCAAAGCUCACCCUCAAAGCCUCACUCCUUCUCCCACCUCUCUAGCCCACAGUCCUCCGACUGUGAGGACACAGACAAACGCAAGGCACACAACUUCCUCGAGCGCAAGCGGCGAAAUGACCUGCGCUCACGUUUCCUGUCGCUGCGGGACGAGAUCCCGGGCUUAGCAGACUGCCCCAAAACCCCUAAGGUGGCCAUCCUGACUCGAGCCACGGAGUACCUGCAGCAGCUGCACACCAGCGAGAGGCAGAAGGCUCAGGAGAGGAAGCAGCUGAAAGCCAGGCAGCUGCUGCUGCUGCAGAGGCUGGCACAGCUCAAACGAUCUUGAACGGGAUUGGUGGUCACCUUACACUCACAGUACUGAAUGGGACUACAUGAAGGAGAAAAGACACUAAUGUUCACUUUGAGUUGGUCACGUUGGAAUAAUGCGGGUUGGUUUUCUUUUUGUUUUGUUUUUUUUUUUUUUUUGUGGUUUGCACAUUAGCUUCUGGGUGAUUGACAAUGCUGCAAGCUGUCAGGACAGCAAGCUAGGGACUGAUCCUAUGGGGCCUCUUACGGGCAGAUUAAUAUGUCCAUGGUCACUCCGUAUAGGUUUGUCAAACUGUCAUCUCUCCCCUUGUGAAAAAUAUUUAAAAGUGUCGCUGGCUGCAGGAGGGCCCGCUGUGAACGCAGCAGUGUUUAUUUGAUAAACUGCUACAACUGUGCUGUUAGCUGCUUCACUGCUCAGACAUCUCCUUGAUUGUAACAAGACUUGUGCUUUCACAGCUGCGUUGUCUCUGCUGAAGUUUCUUUUGUAGAUCCCACUGCAAAUUUAAUCUCUUUCAUGGUCUUAUGCUUCUUAGGUCUUGGCACACAGCUAGUACAUUUCAAGUUGAGCCUUUUUCCUGAUCCCUUUCUCUCAUUCUCCAUAACAUCAUCCUGGUUUGUUCUUUUCUUUGCUCAUCAACAGUCACAAGUUUCCACCUUCAUUCAAGCCUGAGAUUUGGGACAGCAAUGUGAGGAUACAAUGUUAAUCGGCAUGUCUGACGUAGAUGGGUACUGUCAUCUGUGGCUGCAGGUUCCACCCGUAACCUGAACAUUUUCUUACUGCACCAGAAAUGCCCGGCGACAGCACUGUCACUGCAGUAACAGUCCAAUUUGUAGUGUCACACAGAGAAAAUAAAAAUUAUGUUUCCGUGCAAACACUGUUUGAAAUUCACACGGUCUUGAUCUGCAAAAAAAUAAAACACUACUCAAAUGUUAAAUGUUUAUUCUUGUUGUGCCAUGGAGAACAGCCAAAAGAUGAAUGUCGACUUGAGUUAAUUAUCUAAAGUAACGGCUUAAGUUAAAUCUGCAAAUUCUUUUGCUUGGACGUGAAGCCCAUGGCGUUCCAACUGUGUGUGACUUUCAUCUUGCUGUCUGAUAUAUAUAUUUUUUUUUCAAUGCAUUCGAUGUAAUGCCUUUAGAAGCCUUUAAAUGUAGACUAUCCAGUUGGAUGUUAUGUAUAUAGAACCCUUAUUGUACAGUCCCUUUCGAAACAAAACCAGAGCUGUCUACUAUGCUCCUCCUAGUUUUUGUUCGGCCCUAUGUCGUAAGCCGGGCCAAGCUUGCUGGCUUUUCAAUGAUAACUCAAAGCUUCUAUUUUUGUUAAUAAAAUGAUUAUGAAAAAGAGUCAAAAUAAAACACUUUGAACAUUGAUCACACUAGCCACUUUGUCACAAUUGUUUGUUUUAUGUCCACUUGUUUUUGGGUUUUUCAUUUUGCAAAGCCUACCUGUUCGAUACUUUUCUUUUCCUGAAGUUUAUUUGUACAAGUUGAGAGUUGACAAAGGUUUUAUACUAUAUUUUCCUACCGAUUUGUGUUUUAGUGUGAGCUAAUGACUGUUUUUGUUAUUGUAGCGCUCAAGGCUUUAUUGGUGGUUAUGUGCUGAUAAUUGGCAUGUGCAGUCUGCUUUCUCUCUCUGGACGGGAAAGCACCCGAAUGCUCCUGUAUCCAAUCCAAUCAUGGUAGCACUCUCUUAAACCUGGCCAGGGUGGAGUGGAGGGGGUGGGGACUUAAGAGGAUCUAGUGAUUAAACUUCUGGCUGUGUAUAGCCUUUAGUGACCUUAAUGUUACUGCUUUCUCUCUGCAUCUUUUUUCCCUCUUUUGCAAGUCUGGUGCUCCCUAUUGUCCCAUAAGCCAUGCAACAGAACACUGUAGCCCUGGAUCUAGUACUGUAAAUGACGAGUAGCAUGCCUGGCUUUACCAGCUCUCAGGAAAAUCCACAUUGAUUGUAGUCUUAUAGACUGUAAGAAAAAUCCAUCCCCCCCACUAUGCCAUGCUGUAUAUAUAACAUAAACUCAGAGGCUGCUUCAGAUGAGUAAGAGAUCAGACAAUUUAUGAUGAAACUGAUUGAAGAGGAAGAAGUCAUUCACAUCUCUUAUUCCUCGUUCAGAAAUGCUAAUUUAUUCAGCACUAACCACCAGUUAGCCUGACUGGAUUUAUAUUUUCCUCAAGGUGCACCCAUCACAGUGGUUUGUGUAAGCUUUCAUUUUAUUUUAUUUUAUUUUUAUUUUUUGAGUUGUAUUGGUCACUGGUUUCUGCUGUGGCACAGUUACAGUAGCAGUGGAUUUUGCUUACUUUGGGAGUUCAACUAUGGUGAUAUUUGGAGCCUUGUCUCAGCACUUUUUUUCCUUUACCUCAUAAGCCUCUAUAUAUGAAGAGUAAGUCGGAUUAAAAUGAAUAAAUCUCAUGGUUUGACAUCA